AUGAAAAAAGGGGGGAAAGGCACCGGACGCAAUUUCGGAACCGGUGCAUGCCUAAAGAUCGCCUCCUCUAAGAACCUCUCUGCGCCCCUCCCUCUCCUUUCAGUCGAGCUACUUCGUUACCCUGAUGCUACCCUGAAGCCGGAUCGUGUAGCCCACCUUUGCCCCGGCUUGAUUACGAAGAAGAGGCUGUCUCAUAUCAUGGGGGAGUCGAAGCCCUACGGCUAG